AUGGCAACAACGUCCAUCCAGCUUUAUUGUGGGAUAACCUCCCUUGACAAAAGGAGUAGAGACGAAGUGUGCGCUGGACCAGGCAUUGCUUUGCCUUUCAGUGAGGUUAUCUGGCCCCUUCCUAGUGAUAUCGCCUGCAUCACCGUUGACGAGGCAAAAGGCCACUACCUCACUUUCAAGCACGACGGUACUCUCUAUGGCAAGUAUCCUGUAGAUGAUGAGCAGCGUCUCGUGACUGGCUGUGCCGUUAACAUUAAAUCUAUUGUCACAAAUCAAGAUGACCACUCUGGCUUUGCUGAAUUCAAGGGACCCAUGGUCGCGAACAUCAGGACCAGUUAUGCUGGGUCUUGCAAUACACCCACUUUCCUUUUGAACAUCUGA